CGCGCCCGCGGAGACCGCGCUCCUCGCCUCCCGCGUCGCCGCGGCGGCCCUCGUCCGAUCGCACAUGAAUCAUCGAGGGUUCUUCGCGUCGUCGCGCGCCGCCUCAGGCGCCGGAUCCCUCAUCGCCCCGCACGGCGGAUCCCUCGUAAACCUCAUGGUCUCCGACGCCGCGAAAGCCGCCGCAAUCGUCGCGUCCGCGACGCGCUCGCUGGAGCUUUCGCACCGCAACGCGUGCGACGUCGAGCUCCUGGCGACGGGCGGGUUCUCGCCUCUGCGCGGAUUCAUGAACGAAGACGUCUACGCGCACUGCGUCGAGAACAUGCGUCUGCCGGGCUCGAACCUCCUGUUCGGGAUGCCCAUCGUCCUGGACACGGACUGCGAGGACACCAAGGUUGGGGACAAGGUCGUUCUCAAGUACCAAGGCAAGGACGUCGCGGUCGUCACCGUGGAGAGCAAGUGGAAGCCGAACAAGCCGCUCGAGGCGAAGAUGUGCUACGGCACGUCCUCCAUCGAACACCCGGGCGUGUCCAUGAUCUCCAUGGAGCGCCGUAAGUACUACAUCGGCGGCGCGGUAGAGGCCGUGAGCGUCCCGGAGCGUCCGUUCCCGUGCCCCUCCCCGGCGGAAGUGCGCGCGAUGCUCCCAGAGGGGAAAGACGUCGUCGCGUUUCAGUGCCGCAACCCUAUUCACCGCGCGCACUACGAACUCUUCACGCGCGCUUUACACGCGGACAACGUCGGCGAGGGCGCGGUGUGCCUCGUGCACCCGACGAUGGGUCCGACGCAGGACGACGACAUCAGCGGCCUCGUGAGGUAUCACACGUACGAGGUGCUCGCGAAGGAGGUGAACAACCCGGCGAUUCGCUGGGCGUAUCUGCCGUAUUCGAUGCACAUGGCGGGACCGCGCGAGGCGAUUCAGCACAUGAUCAUUCGGAAGAACUACGGAUGCACGCACUUCAUCAUCGGCCGUGACAUGGCUGGAAGCAAGUCGAGCAUCGACGGCGAGGAUUUCUACGGCGCGUACGACGCGCAGGACCUCGCGAAAGCGAACGCGGCGGAGCUCGGGAUGAAAACCGUGCCGAGCCUCAACGUCGUGUACACGGACGAGGAGGGAUACGUGACCGCGGACGUCGCGGAGAAGAAGGGCCUGAGCGUGAAGAAGCUCAGCGGGACGAAGUUCCGGAAGAUGUUGCGGGGCGGGGAGGAUAUCCCGGAGUGGUUCGCGUUCAAGUCCGUCGUCAACGUGCUUCGCGAGCACCAAUAAAUAAUGAGCGACGCGAUCAUGCGAUGACGCGCGGUUCGGUUCGUCCGCGACUGCCUCGUCGGUCCGCGGGGGGCGGCGGCGACGCGAUUCGGUUCGUUCGCCGUUCGUCCCCUCAUCACAGAAAAUAUGAUACUUCUUAAGGUUGCUUACUUACUCACAUUACGCGUUGAACGGUCAGUAUUACUGUACAAACGAUGAAUGACGUUGUUUAAUAACGAGAGAAGAAGAGAAGAAAA